AUUUUUAUUUUUAUUGUUUGACUAAAUAAUACUUCGUACUAUAUGUACUAUUGUCUGUGACUGUGCUGUGUUAUUUAAAAAUAAAAUAAAAAUCGAAAUGUUAAAUGAUGAAAAUGGUGAGCAGUAGUAUUUGUGUUUCACAUUACAGAAUUCAAUGAUGAUGAUGAAACCUCUAUAUUUAGCUCAAGGUUUAAUGAAAAUGAAGAAGUGGUAUGGAGGCUUGUUGAUCAUAGCUUUAGGUAUGAUGUUGUUUCUACUGUAUAAUCUUAAAGGAUUUCAGCCACAAAAGCAUUUGACAAAACAAACUGCAUACGAUUUUUUCAAUAGCCAUUCACCACCAAAUGAUUCUAUUAAAGGAAGCAACGAUGUUGCAGUAGUAACCUCUUCCGAUGAAGAACAGAAAAUUGUACCAAAACCAACAAAAAGGCCACAUUUGGUACAUGUCGCAGGGCUUGAUGAUCUGUAUGACACAAAAAAUGUAUCCGAAGGAGUGAUGAAUGUUGUACUUGUUUGGGCACAUUUACGUUUGCUGCUUUCGAGGUCAGAUGCUUUGCCUGAAAUAGCUCAAGGAGUUAAAGAGGCUUCUGCAGCAUGGAAAGAGUUGAAGUCCACUGUUGAAAGUGAGAAAGCAUCUAAGAUUAGUAAGAUAGACAGCCCAGAAAAUCUAAGCUGUCCUUUCUCUGUGAUGAUACUUAGCAAGACGAUAGCAGAUAGUGGAAUCACUCUGGAUCUCCCUUGUGGUUUGGUUGUAGAUUCUUCUAUUACACUGAUUGGCAUCCCUAAUGGACAAAACAGUAGCUUUCAGAUUGGCCUAGCUGGACAGGAGCUAGAAGAGGAACCAAAUCCUCCAAUUAUCUUGCAUUAUAAUGUGAGUCUUCCUGGAGAAAACAUGACAGAGGAACCGUAUAUUGUUCAAAAUACAUGGACUAAUGAUUUUGGGUGGGGGAAAGAGGAAAGGUGUCCUGCUCGUAGUUCUGCUAACAUCCGCAAAGUUGAUGAGCUUGUUCUCUGCAAUGUACAAGCUGUCAGAAAUAACAACGACGAGAAUGAAAAUGUCGGUCAACCUACUAGUGAUAUACCUUCUAAUAUUUCCUCAGAAAGUGCACAUAGAACUGCUAAUUUCCCUUUUUCUGAGGGUAAUCCUUUCACUGCCACAUUGUGGGUUGGUUCAGAGGGAUUUCAUAUGACUGUGAAUGGAAGGCAUGAAACAUCUUUUGCAUAUAGGGAGAAGCUUGAACCAUGGUUAGUCAGCAAAAUUAAAGUAGCAGGCAGUUUAAGUCUAUUAUCCAUUCUUGCUAAAGGUUUACCCGUCACCGAAGAUAAUGAUAUAGUUGUAGAUGUUGAGAACCUGAAAGCUCCUUCUAUCCCUAGGAAAAGGCUUGUUUUGUUGAUCGGAGUAUUCUCUACCGGUAAUAACUUUGAGCGCCGAAUGGCGCUGAGGAGGUCUUGGAUGCAGUAUGAGGCUGUACGUUCUGGUGAAGUUGCUGUCAGAUUUUUUAUCGGGCUUCAUAAGAACAAUAGAGUUAAUUUGGAGUUAUGGAGAGAAGCUCAAGCAUAUGGAGAUAUCCAGUUAAUGCCUUUUGUUGAUUAUUAUAGUUUGAUUUCUUUGAAGACAAUUGCAAUCUGCAUUAUGGGGACAAAAAUCAUCCCUUCUAAAUACAUAAUGAAAACAGAUGAUGAUGCUUUUGUAAGGAUUGAUGAAGUUCUUUCCACCCUGAAAGGGAAGCCGUCUGAAGGCCUCUUGUACGGUCUAAUAUCUUCUAAAUCAUCUCCCGAUAGGGAUAAGGACAGCAAGUGGUACAUCAGUGAUGCGGAAUGGCCACAUGAUACAUACCCACCAUGGGCACAUGGCCCUGGCUAUGUCAUCUCUCGCGACAUAGCAAAAUUUGUUGUCUCUGGUCACCAGGAAAGAACACUCCAGUUCUUUAAAUUAGAAGAUGUUGCCAUGGGCAUAUGGAUUGAACAGUUUAAGAAUAGUGGUAAAGAAGUGCACUAUGAGAAUGAUGAGAGGUUUUUCAAUGCUGGAUGUGACUCAAAUUAUGUACUUGCACAUUAUCAAAGCCCGCGGAUGGUGCUAUGCCUGUGGGAGAAACUGCAGAAAGAACACAAGCCAGAAUGCUGUGAAUAGAUAUCAAAGUUUUUUUAUCUUAUAAUUAAUAACUCUAUUGAUUCUGAAAUGUUUAAGUUAUAUAUGUUUGUCAUCACUAAUCAGAUCUUUGUAUCCUACUGUUCAUUGAUUUAUUUAUUAAUUAA